AGACAUGAGGAAGUCGAAGAAGGCUACCGUGUUGCUUCUCCUCCUGAGGGCGCUAUGUCUAGCUGAAGCCUACGACGCCCUGGCCUUCCACGGGAACUUCGGCGACAGAAUCGGGCCUAAGGGCGACAGGAAGAACGUACAAGAGCGGAAACCCGUAGAAGGAGAAGAAGGGUCCUCGUCGUUGCCGGAGACGCUGAAAGCUGAGAAACAAGACUACAGUCCCGUCUUGGGGGACUUGGAACACCAAACGCCUCACUUUCUCAGGGAAAGUCGCCAAGCGAAAGUGGAUAAGUACGAGAAUUCGCGGAUUCGCGAAAGAAACGCCACUUUCGCGCCCAAAGUCGUCCGUCAGUCCACCCGUGUAGGAUCUCCCGAGGGGGACACGACUAUAAGGAUUCCCCAAGCGGCCGGAAAUAGGACCCAGAGGGUCCUAAUUCCCGAAAAUGUAGGGAAAACUCGUGAGCGAUUUGUGACGCUUUCUCGCAGCUCCACUCGACCCAACGUUCCUCGGUCGGACAGGAACAACAACAACAAGAAGAAAGAGAAGACUGAGGGUGCGGGAGACCGAGAGAGAUAUCAGAUACAACGUCAGGUCCGCCGUCAGAAGCAGCGGCUCCGCUACAGGGGAGUUCCUGAGGCAGGAAAGGGCGGAAAUACUGGUGUCGAAGGAGUAAGGAAAGAUGGCGCCGUUGCCGGGUCACCUUUCCAUUCCGGGAAGAAUAUUGGCCCUCUCAGGCCCUGUGCCAAUCCCGUACGAGGCGCCUGCGAUGGUAAAAUUACUCACGAAGAGUCCACGGAGGACACCAGCCCCACCCAGCCUCCGGAAACCGGCAGAAACCGCCCACAGCAGGAGAAAACGAUCGCGCCCAAUCACGCCUCUUCCAGCGUCAAGAUCAUCAGACUGGAACCCGUUGAACUGAGACCUCUCGAUCCGACGGGAAGUGGAAAUCUUCCUCCCUUCCCUCUUCCCGGAGCACCCAGAGGGCGUGACCACCCGCUCGAGUCACCCACGGGCGAGAGAUUCAUCCGACACGCCCACGGAGGAACGGGGUCGUUGAGCGCGCAGAUUGUAAGCGUGACGCCUUGGUCAGUCUUCCGUGACCCUAUAGAAUUAAGACCUUCUGACCUCGUUUCCACCGACACCCCAAAGGCGCCAGUCAUCCAGCCCGUGCAGUUAGACACGAGCAACUUCCUCCUGACGCCUGCGGGCGGCGCCCUUUCGUCCCACAGGCUGGAGGAAUGGCUCCAGGGGGCGACGGACAUCAAACAACACUUCCCUGACGAAGUGGCAUCUGUGGGAAGAGACGAUAAACAAGUCGUCUACGGUUCCUUCACGCUCCCGUCGGCGGCGAUAGCCGCCCAGACCAUCACGGAAGCUAAUUCGGUAGUCCAGGCCCCUCCUAAGGAGACGAGGACGCAACAGGAAUCCCAAGGGCGCCGUGAAACCCUGACGAAGAACGCGUUCUCUCAAACCAAUCCAGCUUCUAUAUCCUCAACUUCGAAGUCCCCUCAGAAGGCCUCCUCCAAGGAGCCCUUCACCUUUGAGCCCUUACAACAGGGCGUGAGGGAGUUCCUCCUCCGCCAGAGGACCGCCAGCCCGAAGGGGGGCCACUCGUUGGUACCAACGCAGGACGAAGGACUCCACCAACACUUGUUUGAGGCGACGCAGGAUAUCAUUGAGAAGGCUCAGAUAGAAGAGAGGAGGAAGGCGCUCUUUUCAACCGUGAGAUCGACCCCUCCCAUCGUCCAGCAGAGUAAUAGGGGCACUAAUUAUACCCUCAGUGCCAGGGAGACCCAGGGGCACGCUGCGAGUGCCAAGGAGAUCAUACCCAGUGUCGAUGAUUCGGGAAAGACGACAAUGUCGAAGACAAUGGUAGUCCUGCCCCGUUAA